AAGACCAAAGAUAUGAUGAAGGCAUCGUAUCUUUUGCUGCUCUGCGUCAUUGGCGUUCUGGAUGCGCUGGUCGCUCCAACACAACACGAUGGAAAAUUCAUAAAACUCGACCUUCCUGAUGACGGUAACGAAUACAAGUUCUCCGCGGACAAGAAGUUGGACAAGUUUGGUAAACAAAUCAUUACACUGACACUCGAGCCUGUUGACGAUAAAAAAGAUGGAUUGACAUCUGGAUUGAACCAACAGUCCUACUGGAAGAACGUUGCUAGUUCAUCGAACGCGGCACAAAAUUCAAAAAGUAAUCGUAACGAAUUUGCUGGUCAAAUAAAUAACGGAAACGAAAACGCUUACUUUACAUCAGUGUCUGACUCGAAGGAAUCAUCCUCAAGUUCGAACAGUAACUAUAAUUAUAAUGAAGGAUACAACGUUAAUAGCGUUCCAUCGAGAUCGUACCCAGCACAAUUACUACCACCAAAACCCCGACCAUCGGUGUAUUAUCCACCACACAGAUAUCCACCACAGUUCUAUCCACCACCAGCGUAUUACCCUCGUCCAAUUUAUCCAGAACCCAUUCCUUACGUGCAACCUGCGUUUGUAAAUAUUCCUUCAUCUGAAAAUUAUAAACGCGGAUUUGUACCCACCAAUGGAAACGGAUACUUACUCCCGCCUAGACCAUUUGUCAAUCAAUACCCCGUCCCUCUUGCUUUGCCAUCAAAGCAACCAGUAAGGCCUAUCGCUCCAGUUCCAGUAAACCCGAUUAACAUCUCAGGUAUACCAAUAAUUGCACCAAUCAGUGUGCCGAGCAUUCAACCAAUUAGUGUGCCGAGCAUUCCACAAAUCAGCUUACCUCAAAACGCUCCUGGUUCCGCCAGCUACAUUAAAUCUGUUAGUGGUAGCAGUACAGGCAGUUCGUACUCAAACAAUAAACAGGCUUUCUCAAGCACAUGGAAUCAGAACGUCGGAGGAUCAUCCUCAUUAACAACCCCACAGAAUGACUCUCCUAGUACUAUCAGCUCAAGUUAUGGCCAAACAUCAAGUGGUAGUAACACUGAAAGCUCAUACUCAAGCAAUGAACAAACUUACUCCAAUACCUGGGGACAGAAUGAAAUUGGAUCUACUACCGCUACGGGCCCACAAGGUGGAUCACCUAUUGGACCUCAAAAUGGAUCACCUACUACCCCACAAGAAGGAAAACCUAACCAACCGCAAGGCGGAUCACCAACUGGACCUCAAAAUGGAUCACCUACUACCCCACAAGGAGAAAAACCUAACCAACCACAAGGCGGAUCACCAACCCAACCACAAGGCCAAUCACCUAAGCAACCACAAGGCGGAUCACCAACUGGACCUCAAAAUGGAUCACCUACCCCACAAGGAGGGUAUCCGACCGGCCCAGUGAAUGGAACCCCCGGUUCAAGUACUACAAGCUUCACAAGUACGUCGACUGGUAGCAGUGCGGUUAUCUCACCAUCAGGACCUCAACCUGGAUCACCAACCCAACCACAAGACGAUUCAACUAACCAACCACAAGGCGGAUCACCAACCCAACCACAAGGCCAAUCACCUAAGCAACCACAAGGCGGAUCACCAACUGGACCUCAAAAUGGAUCACCUACCCCACAAGGAGGGUAUCCGACCGGCCCAGUGAAUGGAACCCCCGGUUCAAGUACUACAAGCUUCACAAGUACGUCGACUGGUAGCAGUGCGGUUAUCUCACCAUCAGGAACUCAACCUGGAUCACCAACCCAACCACAAGACGAUUCAACUAACCAACCACAAGGCGGAUCACCAACCCAACCACAAGGCCAAUCACCUAAGCAACCACAAGGAGGGUAUCCGACCGGCCCAGUGAAUGGAACCCCCGGUUCAAGUACUACAAGCUUCACAAGUACGUCGACUGGUAGCAGUGCGGUUAUCUCACCAUCAGGACCUCAACCUGGAUCACCAACCCAACCACAAGACGAUUCAACUAACCAACCACAAGGCGGAUCACCAACUGGACCUCAAAAUGGAUCACCUACUACCCCACAAGGAGAAAAACCUAACCAACCACAAGGCGGAUCACCAACCCAACCACAAGGCCAAUCACCUAAGCAACCACAAGGAGGGUAUCCGACCGGCCCAGUGAAUGGAACCCCCGGUUCAAGUACUACAAGCUUCACAAGUACGUCGACUGGUAGCAGUGCGGUUAUCUCACCAUCAGGACCUCAACCUGGAUCACCAACCCAACCACAAGACGAUUCAACUAACCAACCACAAGGCGGAUCACCAACUGGACCUCAAAAUGGAUCACCUACUACCCCACAAGGAGAAAAACCUAACCAACCACAAGGCGGAUCACCAACCCAACCACAAGGCCAAUCACCUAAGCAACCACAAGGCGGAUCACCAACUGGACCUCAAAAUGGAUCACCUACCCCACAAGGAGGGUAUCCGACCGGCCCAGUGAAUGGAACCCCCGGUUCAAGUACUACAAGCUUCACAAGUACGUCGACUGGUAGCAGUGCGGUUAUCUCACCAUCAGGACCUCAACCUGGAUCACCAACCCAACCACAAGACGAUUCACCUGACCAACCACAAGGCGGAUCACCAACUGGACCUCAAAAUGGAUCACCUACUACCCCACAAGGAGAAAAACCUAACCAACCACAAGGCGGAUCACCAACCCAACCACAAGGCCAAUCACCUAAGCAACCACAAGGCGGAUCACCAACUGGACCUCAAAAUGGAUCACCUACCCCACAAGGAGGGUAUCCGACCGGCCCAGUGAAUGGAACCCCCGGUUCAAGUACUACAAGCUUCACAAGUACGUCGACUGGUAGCAGUGCGGUUAUCUCACCAUCAGGACCUCAACCUGGAUCACCAACCCAACCACAAGACGAUUCAACUAACCAACCACAAGGCGAAUCACCAACCCAACCACAAGGCCAAUCACCUAAGCAACCACAAGGCGGAUCACCAACUGGACCUCAAAAUGGAUCACCUACCCCACAAGGAGGGUAUCCGACCGGCCCAGUGAAUGGAACCCCCGGUUCAAGUACUACAAGCUUCACAAGUACGUCGACUGGUAGCAGUGCGGUUAUCUCACCAUCAGGACCUCAACCUGGAUCACCAACCCAACCACAAGACGAUUCAACUAACCAACCACAAGGCGGAUCACCAACUGGACCUCAAAAUGGAUCACCUACUACCCCACAAGGAGAAAAACCUAACCAACCACAAGGCGGAUCACCAACCCAACCACAAGGCCAAUCACCUAAGCAACCACAAGGAGGGUAUCCGACCGGCCCAGUGAAUGGAACCCCCGGUUCAAGUACUACAAGCUUCACAAGUACGUCGACUGGUAGCAGUGCGGUUAUCUCACCAUCAGGACCUCAACCUGGAUCACCAACCCAACCACAAGACGAUUCACCUGACCAACCACAAGGCGGAUCACCAACCCAACCACAAGACGAUUCACCUGACCAACCACAAGGCGGAUCACCAACCCAACCACAAGGCCAAUCACCUAAGCAACCACAAGGCGGAUCACCAACUGGACUUCAAAAUGGAUCACCAACCCAACCACAAGACGAUUCACUUGACCAACCACAAGGCGGAUCACCAACUGGACCUCAAAAUGGAUCACCUACUACCACACAAGGAGAAAAACCUAACCAACCACAAGGCGGAUCACCAACCCAACCACAAGGCCAAUCACCUAAGCAACCACAAGGCGGAUCACCAACUGGACCUCAAAAUGGAUCACCUACUACCACACAAGGAGAAAAACCUAACCAACCACAAGGCGGAUCACCAACCCAACCACAAGGCCAAUCACCUAAGCAACCACAAGGCGGAUCACCAACUGGACCUCAAAAUGGAUCACCUACUACCCCACAAGGAGAAAAACCUAACCAACCACAAGGCGGAUCACCAACCCAACCACAAGGCCAAUCACCUAAGCAACCACAAGGAGGAUCACCAACUGGACCUCAAAAUGGAUCACCUACUACCCCACAAGGAGGAAAACCUAUCUCUCCACAAGGAGGAUCACCAAACAAACCACAAGGCGAAUCACCUAAGCAACCACAAGGCGGAUCACCAACUGGACCUCAAAAUGGAUCACCUACUACCCCACAAGGAGAAAAACCUAAGCAACCACAAGGCGGAUCACCAACCCAACCACAAGGCCAAUCACCUAAGCAACCACAAGGAGGGUAUCCGACCGGCCCAGUGAAUGGAACCCCCGGUUCAAGUACUACAAGCUUCACAAGUACGUCGACUGGUAGCAGUGCGGUUAUCUCACCAUCAGGACCUCAACCUGGAUCACCAACCCAACCACAAGACGAUUCACCUGACCAACCACAAGGCGGAUCACCAACCCAACCACAAGACGAUUCACCUGACCAACCACAAGGCGAAUCACCUAAACAGCCACAAGGCGGAUCACCAACUGGACCUCAAAAUGGAUCACCUACUAGCCCACAAGGAGGAAAACCUAUCUCUCCACAAGGAGGAUCACCAACUGGACCUCAAAAUGAAUCACCUACUACCCCACAAGGAGGAAAACCUAUCUCUCCACAAGGAGGAUCACCAACCCAACCACAAGGCCAAUCACCUAAGCAACCACAAGGCGGAUCACCAACUGGACCUCAAAAUGGAUCACCUACUACCCCACAAGGAGAAAAACCUAACCAACCACAAGGCGGAUCACCAACCCAACCACAAGGCCAAUCACCUAAGCAACCACAAGACGAUUCACCUAAGCAACCACAAGGCGGAUCACCAACUGGACCUCAAAAUGGAUCACCUACUACCCCACAAGGAGAAAAACCUAACCAACCACAAGGCGGAUCACCAACCCAACCACAAGGCCAAUCACCUAAGCAACCACAAGGCGGAUCACCAACCCAACCAGAAGACGAUUCACCUAAGCAACCACAAGGAGGAUCACCAACUGGACCUCAAAAUGGAUCACCUACUACCCCACAAGGAGGAAAACCUAUCUCUCCACAAGGAGGAUCACCAAACCAACCACAAGGCGAAUCACCUAAACAACCACAAGGCGGAUCACCAACCCAACCACAAGGCCAAUCACCUAAGCAACCACAAGGAGGAUCACCAACCCAACCACAAGGUGGAAAACCAAAUCUACCACAACUAGGAUAUCCGACCGGCCCAGUGAAUGGAAACCCUGGUUCCAGCAGUUCUACCUACAUUAAAUCGACCACCGGAAGCAUUGCAGGCAGCACAUACACAAGCACUGGAUCGACUUACUCAAACAGCUGGGGUCAGACUGAAACUGGAUCCAGUUCUUCCACAGGCCCACUAAAUGGAUCACCUACUACCCCACAAGGAGGAAAACCUAUCUCUCCACAAGGAGGAUCACCAACCCAACCACAACAAGUAUAUCCGACCCGCCCAGUGAAUGGAACCCCCGGUUCAAGUACUACAAGCUUCACAAAUACGUCGACUGGUAGCAGUGCGGUUAUCUCACCAACAGGAUCUCAACCUGGAUUACCAAACCAACCACAAGGAGGAUCACCAACUGGACCUCAAAAUGGAUCACCUACUACCCCACAAGGAGGAAAACCUAUCUCUCCACAAGGAGGAUCACCAACCCAACCACAACAAGUAUAUCCGACCCGCCCAGUGAAUGGAACCCCCGGUUCAAGUACUACAAGCUUCACAAAUACGUCGACUGGUAGCAGUGCGGUUAUCUCACCAACAGGACCUCAACCUGGAUUACCAAACCAACCACAAGGGGAAUCACCAACCCAACCGCAAGGAGGAAAACCUAUCUCUCCACAAGGAGGAUCACCAACUGGACCUCAAAAUGGAUCACCUACUACCCCACAAGGAGGAAAACCUAACUCUCCACAAGGGGAAUCACCAACCCAACCGCAAGGAGGAUCACCAACUGGACCUCAAAAUGGAUCACCUACUACCCCACAAGGAGGAAAACCUAUCUCUCCACAAGGAGGAUCACCAACCCAACCACAACAAGUAUAUCCGACCCGCCCAGUGAAUGGAACCCCCGGUUCAAGUACUACAAGCUUCACAAAUACGUCGACUGGUAGCAGUGCGGUUAUCUCACCAACAGGACCUCAACCUGGAUUACCAAACCAACCACAAGGAGGAAAACCUAUCUCUCCACAAGGAGGAUCACCAACCCAACCACAAGGCGGAUCACCAAACCAACCACAAGGCGAAUCACCUAAACAACCACAAGGCGGAUCACCAACUGGACCUCAAAAUGGAUCACCUACUACCCCACAAGGAGGAAAACCUAAAUCUCCACAAGGAGGAUCACCAACCCAACCACAAGGUGGAGCCAUCGGAAGUCCCAAAAACAGUGGUAAAUCACCGGUCAGACCAGGAUUCUACCCCAACUCACCAGGGAAGAGUCGUAUUUGUGUCUGCUUCAACAGCUUCUCAGAGAUGCCUAAAGAACUCCAAGAACAAUUCAGAUAUUACUAAUGAGAAACGGGAUUUGAAUUGGUUGAAUUUUAAC